AUGGCUCCGGUAGCACUUAAAAAGCUAACGUCUUUGCAACGCGCGCGCGAAGGCGAAAUAAACGGAAUACGUGAGCGACUAGUUAGUAAACCGCGGCCGACGAUUACAAAAAAUAUUGUACAGUCGCGACUCGAGGCUUUGAAGAGGAUAUGGAACGAAGUACGUGAAACCCAUUCCGACAUUAUCAUUAGGGAUGAGGCCGAGUCCGAUCCUUACAUGGUGAACGAUUGUUUCGGGCGCAUGCAAAGCGUUUACGAAAACGCAGUCGAUGCGUGCUUGAUGAUUGUGACGCAGCUUGAGCUGGCCGCGGAAGGUGCAGCAUCGGGAGGGUCGGAUUCGGGGAGUGUUUCGGAUAUCGGCACACCUAGUGUCGCGAAACUCCCUCGCAUUCCUUUACCCACUUUUUCGGGAAGAUACGAGGAUUGGGAGAGUUUCUGCGAUCUUUUCACGACGCUCGUUCAUGACGUUCCCCGAUUAGCGGAUGCAACUAAGUUGCAAUAUUUAAAAUCGUGCUUGACGGGUAGCGCAGCAGAGCUUAUUAAGGAGGUCGCUACUACUAGUGCGAAUUAUACUAGUACCUGGAAGUCACUCAAGGCGCGGUAUUACAAUCCCCGUAUGAUUAUCCAAAAACUCCUGACGUCUCUCAUGGAGAUUCCCCGCCUGAAAAAGGAAGCGGCUUCUGAGCUGCGUUCAUUCGUUGAUGAAGCUCAGCGUAUUGUCCGUGCUUUGGGUAAUCUAAAGCUACCUGUCGAGCAUUGGGACGCAUGGUUGGUGUUCGUUUUAUCGGAGCGUUUAGAUUCAGAAUCUCGAAAAUUAUGGGAGGCUGAGCUUAGCGGGAAAGAUUCGGUGUUAGCCUCAGGGGAAGGUUCGCCGAACACGGAUCCUUUGAAGUCUCUACCCAAAUUUUCGGAUCUUGCCACCUUUUUAGAGAAGAGAACUCAGGCCCUAGGCAUGAUACAAGCCGAGCGUAGAGCAGAAAAGAGACCGGUUUCUGUUUCCUCUGCAGGUCUUCAAUCUCGCAAGGUAUUUCAUGCCAGUGCGUCUCGUUCAUCGAAGGUGAAGCUCUCUAAAUGCCCCCUUUGCUCGGGGACACAUCCUCUCGCAAGGUGCUUUAAGAUCAGGGACCAACUUCCUCCUGAGCGGAUUGCUUCCGUUAAACGCUUCAAUGUCUAUUUCAAUUGCCUUGGACAGCACCGAGUUAACGUUUGCCCUUCCUCUGGACGUUGCUCCGUCUGUCAACAAAGGCAUCAUACACUUCUCCACCAGAAAGCGCCGAGCGGCAAUCAAGCAUCACGGCAGCAUUCCGAUGCGCCGAAGGACUCGCAAUGCGGAUCGGCUAAUAACACGCCUGUUGUGAGUCUACAUUCUUCCAAUCGCCUAGCGGCUCGGCGUCAAGUCCUCCUGGCUACCGCGCGGGUUUUGGUGAUAGGUCCGAAUGGUGUCAACACUUCUGCUCGAGCCCUCUUAGAUCAGGGAUCGGAAUCGUCAUUUGUAUCAGAAGCGAUCGUACAGUUGUUAGGUUUGACGAAACAACGCACCAACAUCGCGUUGACAGGACUUGGUGCAAGUACGGCAGGUACAGCACGGUCAGUGGCGCAUAUUACACUGCGAUCCGCUGUCGAUUUAGAAUUCGAAUUCGAGACCGAUGCGCUCGUUCUCCCCAAGCUAACUUUGCAGCUUCCAGCUGAGGGCAUUCGGAACUUUGACUGGCAACUGUUCGACGGCAUUUCAUUGGCUGAUCCUGGAUUUUGCAUUCCGAGUAAGGUUGACGUAAUCCUAGGUGCGGAUGUCUACGGGCAAUUGCUUAAAUCUGGGUUGAAACGGUUUCCCCUUUCGAAUAUUGUUGCUCAAAAUACGGCGUUUGGGUGGAUUGUUACUGGUUCUACUCAGUCGGUCGCGUCACGGCGGGCGGAGAAUCUCGCCUCCCCUUCGUCGGUGCUAGCGCUCCAUUGUGCAUCUUGCGAUUUAGAUCAGUCGCUACAGCGGUUCUGGAUGCUUGAGGAGGUACCAUCGGGCGUACAAAAAUUGAAACCAGAUGAUGAGGCGUGCGAAGCCUUGUUCAGGGAAACACAUUGUCGCGAUUCACACGGUCGAUAUGAGGUUAGUCUGCCUUUGAAAGCAGGUCUUCCGUCAGUGUCGGUUGAGACUCGGAGAAUGGCCCUCGGAUCUUUGUCGAAUCUGCAUCGUCGUCUCUCGCGCGACCAUAAGUUAGCUGAAGCUUACGGAAAGUUCAUGUCGGAAUAUGAACGGUUAGGACAUAUGACUCGAGUUCCGGCUUCCGAUGUUCAGCGUAAAGAUUCGUGGUAUUUACCACAUCAUGCAGUGGUUCAAUCGUCAGCUUCAUCUUGGAAGCUCCGUGUUGUAUUCGAUGCCUCUCGCAAAACUGGUGACGGUCACUCCUUGAACGAAUUCUUAUUGACAGGGCCCCCGCUUCAAGGGGAUCUUUCCUUGAUCUUGUUAAAUUGGCGUCGAUAUCCCUUCGCGUUUACCGCGGACAUUGUCAAAAUGUUUCGGCAGAUUCGCGUGAGACCAGCAGAUCGAGACUUCCAAAGGAUCGUGUGGACGGCUACUGCUGAUUCCGAUCCUGUCGAUUAUCGCCUGAAUACCGUCACCUACGGGACGGGCUGUGCUCCAUACUUGGCGAUUCGCACGCUUCUGCAAUUGGUUCGGGACGAAGGGGCUAGGUUCCCACUAGGCGCGGAAUGUCUCAAAUCGGAGACUUAUGUUGAUGAUACAUUUACAGGAGCGGGCGACCUGCCUACUGCGAUUAAGAAAAGGGACGAACUUAUUUCGUUAUUGAGUUCAGCCGGAAUUAGUGUGGAUAAGUGGGCUGCAAAUCAUGCGGAUCUAAUCCCCGCCCAUACGCAGCAGAGCUCGGCGAAGCUCAUCGAAACGGCCUCUUUGGUCAAGACGCUUGGUGUACAGUGGAUUCCCGCACAAGAUCAGUUCAGGUUUGAGGCAGGAGACCUUAGCGAGCUGUCAGCAGCCAAAACAAAGCGAGAGGUCCUCUCGAGCAUUUCUCGACUCUUUGACCCCCUUGGUUGGCUCGCUCCGAUUACAGUAAAGGCGAAGAUUUUAUUGCAGGAUUUGUGGAUCCAAAAGUGCGAUUGGGAUUCUCCUUUGCCUCCUGAGAUUCGUGAGCGAUGGUAUGACUAUUGCCAGUCCCUGUUCGCAUUGCACUCACUAGCGAUAGAUCGUUGGCUGGGUGUCGCUGCCGCGUACUCGUAUCAGAUUCAUGGAUUCUCUGAUGCAUCCUCUCGUGCGUAUUCAGCCGUCGUUUAUCUGCGUGUCGAUGAAGGAGAUGGGUGUAUCCGCACCUCGAUGCUCGCUGCUAAGUCCAAAGUGGCACCGGUUAAAACCAUCAGUAUUCCGAAUUUGGAGUUAUGCGGUGCAGCUCUUCUCGUCCAACUCAUUAUUCACAUACGAAAACUGGAUUUUCUGAGCACUCUCCCGGUCUUCGGUUGGGCUGAUAGCCAGAUCGUGCUUAUGUGGCUUCGCAAACACCCAUGCCAUUGGAAAACCUUCGUGGCUAACCGAGUUUCAUAUAUCCAGACGGAGAUGCCAUCUGCUACCUGGUCACAUGUCCCCACGGACGAAAAUCCGGCAGAUUUAGCGACGCGAGGCUGUACGCCGGCGGAACUCGCUCCUAAUGAUCGUUGGUGGCAUGGACCCCAGUGGCUCUGUAAAUGUCAGAGCCAGUGGCCGCGGCCGGUAAAGAGCUCGCGCACUCUUCAUGCUCGGACUCGCCUGGUUGAAUCGGAGUUGUUGACUCGGUUCUCUUCGUUGACUCGAUUGGUUCGGGUGGUAGCUUGGUGUAGGCGACCUCUGCUCGGUUUACGCAGACGCAAGCAAGGCAACGAUUUAUUGCCUUCCUUUCUUACCUCAAGUGAACUGUCUGAGGCACGAGAUAUCGUUAUCCGCUUGGCGCAAGUAAGCCAUUUCACCGAAGAGUUCGAAACAUUAAUCGCGGGAAGGAAUUUACCGAACCGUAGUCGGCUUUGCAAAUUGAAUCCGUUCAUUUGCGAGAAGGGCAUUUUACGGGUAGGAGGUAGAUUAUCCCAUUCAAAUCUCUCGUUUGAUCGCAAACACCCUCCGAUUUUGCCGCAACAGUCGUCUCUAAGUGGGUUGUUUGUUCGCCAUGCCCACCAUCUCUGUCUUCACGGAGGACCUACACUAACCUCUAGCAUUUUGAUGCAGCAUGUGUGGAUAUUGGGAAGGGCUAGACUGGUUAAAUCCUCGAUUAGGAAAUGCGUUACGUGCCAGCGGGUUAAACCAAGAAUGGCACAGCAGUUAAUGGGCGACUUUCCUGCCGAUCGGGUGAAUCCUGGACGUCCGUUUACAAUUUCUGGUCUUGAUUAUGCUGGACCGAUCCAGGCAGACGUGGCAUUUGUAGAAGACUUUACAGCGAUAAUGCCAGCAACUUCCAUGGAGCAGAUUUGGAACUCCAAGCCAUGUUUGGUACUUCACUUGCAGGAGCGUGAAAAAUGGCGACAACCGAGCGAGAAUUUUUCUAUCGGUAGGUUAGUUUUGAUCCAAGACGAUCGUUACCCACCGUCGAAAUGGCCCCUAGGUCGAAUCACCGAGGUUCAUCCUGGGCCUGACGGUCUGGUGCGAGUGGCCACGGUAAAGACCGCUACUACCUCUCUACUACGACACGUGGCUCGGCUCUGUCCGUUACAUUUGGACGAGGGCCCCUAA